CGCCUCUUCCGGCGGCGCGCGGGGCCGCGGGGCCGCGCCAUGAGCUCAGACAGCAGCCGGCUGCUGGGGGCGCGGCGCCCCGGCUACGGGACGCUGCAGCCGGACCCGGACCCCGACCCCGACCCGGCCCCCAUGGAGGUCUGGGGCUACCGGCGCCGGGCGUGGCGGGUGCUGCUGUGCCGGGCGGGGUCGGUGCUGAGCGCGGGGCUGCUGCUGCUGCUCUUCCACUGGAAGCCGAGCCUGGAGGUGCGGGCCAAGGGCGAGCCCUGCGCCCUGGGGCAGGCAGACUGGCUCAUCAUCAGGGACCGUUUUGGGCAGUGCUUCACCACCGAGGUGCUGACGGAGCCGCUGGGCGAGGCCGGGCUGGAGCAGCUCCCCGGGGCCCAGCAGGAGCGCGGCAGCAGCAGCAGCAGCAGCGGCAGCGCCGCGGUGCCGGUGCCGGAUGAGGACGAGAGCCGCGACACCGUCCAGCUCCACGACAAGGACGAGAAGAACAUCCUGAGGUAUUACCUGUUCCAGGGAAUGCGCUACGUGUGGCUGGAGCGGCGGCAGGCGUUCUGCAGAGUCAGUGUCCUGGACGAGGGCUGGAGCUGCUCAGAGCUGCACCUGAGCCGGGCCGGGCUGCACCAGCAGGAGCACAGCGCCAGGAGGAAGAUCUACGGCCCCAACCUCAUCGAGGUGCCUGUCAAGUCCUACGCCAGGCUCCUGGUGGAGGAGGUGCUGAACCCCUUCUACAUGUUCCAAGUGCUCAGCAUGGUGCUGUGGGUGUGUGAUGCCUAUUACUACUACGCUGCCUGCAUCUUCCUCAUCUCCACCUUCUCGCUGGGGCUGUCCCUCUACGAGACACGCAAGCAAAGCACCACGCUGCGGAACAUGGCCAGGAUGUCAGUGGGGAUCCGGGUGCGGCGGUCCGGCGGAGAGGAGCUGGUGGUCAGCUCAGCAGAGCUGGUGCCUGGGGACUGCAUCCAGCUGCCCGCGGCCGGGGCGCUGCUGCCGUGCGACGCGGCGCUGCUGACCGGGGAGUGCAUGGUCAACGAGAGCCUGCUGACCGGGGAGAGCGUGCCGGUGAUGAAGACGCCGCUGCCGGCGGGCGGGCAGGCGGGCAGCAGCAGGUACUGCCCCGAGGAGCACCGGCGGCACACGCUCUUCUGCGGGACGCAGCUCAUCCAGGCCAGGGCGUACGCGGGCGGCGAGGUGCUGGCCGUGGUCACCCGCACAGGGUUCUGCACGGCCAAGGGGGACCUCAUCAGCUCCAUCCUCUACCCCAAACCCGUGAGCUUCAAGUUCUACAAGGACGCCGUGAAGUUCGUGCUGUUCCUCGCCAUCCUGGCUCUCAUUGGCACCUUGUACAGCAUCCUCAUCCUGGUUAGGAACCAGGUGCCGGUGGGCCAGAUCAUCAUCCGCGCCCUGGACCUGGUGACCGUCAUCGUGCCGCCGGCGCUGCCGGCCGCCAUGACCGUGGGCACCAUCUACGCGCAGAACCGGCUGAAGAAGCAGGGCAUCUUCUGCAUCAGCCCGCCGCGCAUCAACCUGGGCGGGAAGCUGCGCCUGGUGUGCUUCGACAAGACCGGCACGCUGACCCACGAGGGGCUGGACGUGUGGGGCGUGGUGCCCCUGCAGCAGCGGCGCUUCCUGCCCAUGGUGCGCGAGCCGCGCCGCCUGCCCGCCGGGGCGCUGCUCUACGCCCUGGCCACGUGCCACGCCGUGUCCCCGCUGCGGGGACAGCUCGUCGGGGACCCCGUGGACCUCAAGAUGCUGGAAUCCACGGGCUGGCGCCUGGAGAUGGUGGAGGAGGAGGAGGAGGAGGAGGAAGGGGAGCUCCAGGCCUUGCAGCAGUUCGGGAUGAAGGUCUUGGCUGUGGUGAAACCUCCGCCAGAGGAGGAGCAGCCUCAGGACAGGAGGCUCCAGGCCCCCGUGGGGAUCCUGCGGCGUUUCCCGUUCUCCUCCUCCCUCCAGAGGAUGAGUGUCCUGGUCAAGCUGCCCGGGGAGGCCUCGGCCCACGCCUACGUCAAGGGUGCCCCGGAGAUGGUGGCCAGUCUGUGCAGGAAGGAAACUGUGCCCCCGGAUUUCUCCCAGGUGCUCCGGCACUACACCACCGACGGCUUCCGGGUGCUGGCUCUGGCCUGCAGAGCCCUGGGCUCGGUGGCCACCUUUGAGGAGGCCCUGCAGCUCCCCAGGGACUCUGUGGAGAGUGGCCUGAGCUUCCUGGGGCUCCUGGUGAUGAAGAACGUGCUGAAGCCAGAGUCUGCCCCGGUGAUCCAGCUGCUGCGCAGCGCCAACAUCCGCCCUGUCAUGGUCACGGGGGACAACAUGCUGACGGCGCUGCACGUGGCGCGGGGCUGCCGCAUGGUGCAGCCCGGGGAGCGCGUGGCGUUCGCCACGGCCUCGCCGCCCGGCCACGGCAAACCCGCCGCCCUCAGGUUCGUGCUGGCCCAGAGCUCCCAGGGCGAGGAGCAGCCCCAGGGCCUGCAGCAGCAGGACAGCUCCUCCCUCCCAGCCCAGCACUGCCACUUGGCCCUCAACGGGAAAUCCUUCCAGGUGGUGUGUGAGCACUUCUCCGACCUCCUGCCCUGGAUCCUGCUCCGGGCCACCGUGUUCGCCCGCAUGCUGCCCGAGCAGAAGACCCAGCUGGUGAGCAGCCUGCAGGAGCUCAAUUACUGCGUGGGCAUGUGCGGGGACGGCGCCAACGACUGCGGGGCGCUGCGCGCGGCCGACGUGGGCAUCUCGCUGUCGGAGGCCGAGGCGUCGGUGGCGUCGCCCUUCACGUCGCGCGUGGCCACCAUCGAGUGCGUGCCGCGGCUCAUCCGGGAGGGCCGGUGCUCCUUGGUCACCUCCUUCGGGGUCUUCAAGUACAUGGCGCUGUACAGCCUGGUGCAGUUCGUGUCCGUGCUGCUGCUCUACACCAUCAACACCAACCUGAGCGAUUUCCAGUUCCUGUUCUUCGACCUGGUGAUCACCACCACGGUGGCCGUGCUGAUGGGGCGCGCGGGGCCGGCGCCGGCGCUGGGCGUGCGGCGCCCGCAGGGAGCCCUGAUCAGCACGCUGGUGCUGGGCAGCCUCCUGCUGCAGACAGCCCUGCUCAUCGCCGUGCAGGUCCUCAGCUACUUCAUCACCACCUCUCAGAGCUGGUACGUCCCCCUGAACAGCACGGUGACAGCGCCCCAGAACCUGCCCAACUACGAGAACACCGUCCUGUUCUGCGUCAGCGGCUUCCAGUACCUGAUCCUGGCCGUGGCCAUGUCCAAGGGCCACCCCUUCCGCGAGCCGCUCUACACCAACGUGCCCUUCCUGCUUGUCCUCGUCCUGCUCUUUGGCCUGAUGAUCUGGCUUACCCUGUACCCGCUGGGCUUUCCCAAAUCCCUGCUGAAGCUCCAGCCCAUCGAGGAUUUCAGUUUCAAGCUGCUCCUCUUGGGCAUUGCUGCCCUCAACUUCUUCGCUGCCUUCGUGCUGGAGACCGCCCUGGAUCACGGCUUGCUCGGCUGCUUCCGAAGGCUGCGCCGGAAAAAAGCCUCCAAGAAGCUUUUCAAGAGGCUGGAGAAGGAGCUGAGCCAGCAGCAGCCAGCCUGGCCACCCCUGGACCAGCCCCUGUUUGCCACGCCCAGGAUGUCCCUGGCUGUGAGAUAGCAGUGCCAGCUGUGCCCUCCAGCCCAGCCCUUGGACACUUCUUUAAUUUAUUUAUCCCAGAAAAAGCAGGGGUGCAGCGGGCAGGAUCCCCCAGCGUUGAAGAUGUGAAUCCCCCGGCCACGCUGAUCCCAUGGUCAGUGAUCCCAUGGCCACGCUGAUCCCAUGGUCAGUGAUCCUGUGGCCAUGGUGAUCCCAUGGUCAGUGAUCCUGUGGUCACACUGAUCCCAUAUCCUUGGUGAUUCCAUGGUCAGUGAUCCCAUGGCCACACUGAUCCCAUAUCCUUGGUGAUCCCAUGGCCACACUGAUCCCAUGGCCAUGCCCAGAGGAGCCGGUGGUGGAGAAGGAAGGGGUGAGAAGAUCCCCAUGAGGAGCAGGAUGCAGCCCUGCCCUUCCUGCAGGAUUCCCCCCACUCCCACACCGGCCACCACGGCUCGUUGGGCCUCGUGAGCAGCCCAGGCCAGCAGGCAGGAGGUCCCUGCUGUCCCCAGCACCCCCAGUGUCACUGUGACGCCCCAGUCCCCUCUAGAUGUGUAGGGAGUUUACAGUCCCCAUUCCCAGCUUGCCAAGGCUGCUGCUCCAUCCCCAGCGCCUGGGCCUGUUCUCUGCUUGGCACGCUCAGGCAGGGCACCUCUGCUGAGGGGUGGGACCUCUGUGGCAUUACAGACCCCACAAAUUCUCUAUUUUUUAACUCCCCCACGCCUUGGGCCUUGAGCUGUCGGGACGGCGACGGCGCCGCUCGCGGGUUCCUGACAGACCUGUCGUGGGUCUGGCCCAAUAAAUUAACUUUUAUUUUCCUG